ACCAAGCGACGCCGCGCGUUAUCAAAAACCAAAACACUGUCUUUGAAACUUGUUGAUUUUGAGAGGGUAAAUAAAGGAUACAUGCAUUAAACGCGUUCUAAUAAAAUGCGUCCUAAAAAGGUUAGGGAAGAGUACCAGUACACAAAGCUCAAUGAUGUUGAACCGGGUUAUGAGUUUAAUGUAUUUGGGAUAUUAGUAGAGGUUAUCAAGGACUCUGUUCCUACUUCAACAGGUUCACUCCAUUCUAUUUACCACAUAUAUGAUGAUAGCCUACCACCUGAUAAGCUCUUUCGUAUGAAUUGUUUUGCCCGUGGAGAUCAGGUACCCAAGUUUUGUGUCGGUGACAUACUGCGCUUUCACCGAGUAAAGAUAGAAACAUGGAUAGGAGGUUUUGAUGGACGUGUUUUUAACGCGUUUGAUGUUGUGGGUUUUACAAAAGAUCAUGACCCUGAGUUUAAUUUUACCUCCUCGGCCAAAAAUAUCACUUUGACUGAUAAAGCAAAGGAACGUAUUUCAGAGCUAAGAGAAAUUUCCCUUCUCAGAAGAUUGUUUGACAGCUCUGAAAUGAUACCAACAAAUGGUACAGAUACUUCUAUGAAUGGUGCCUUUACUUCCACAAAUGAAGAACCAAACAUUUCGACACGUCCAUCAAUAAGUCAAGCAGAUAUUGUAACCAGCUCCAGAAAAGUAUUUCUUAAUCCUGCAGCUGGUUCUUCCAUGAAAAAAGACUUAGUAAAGAAUCCGUUUUAUGAUCACAACCUGAAGGAGAAUGAAACUGAAGCUGGUCCUUCGAGAAAGCGAAGCAGUUCAGAAUUAAGGUCUCUCAAUGAGGAAGCUGAAUCUACUGUAAAUAUUGCUAAAAAACAGGCAAGCUCAACUGAAAAAAGACAGGAAUACCAACCCAGCCCAUUAUCCAAGAAAAGAAAGUAUGUUGAGGAAGUACCUUCUUCAAUCAAGAAUUCAGAAAUUGGUAAACUCGCUCCUGAAGCUAUUGUGGCCCAGGAAGAGACUAGAGGGGUUCUCUCUAGAAACAUUAACAGUUUAGACAGUACUGUACAAAGUGAUGAUUUUUCUAGCUCAAUGCUAGCAGGAAGCAGUUCAUGUCCUGGUAUUAUCUGUGCUGAAGAAAACUGUGGUCAAUCACCACUCUUGAUAGAAUCUGAUUCUAUUGAGUUCCAAAAACCCUCUUGUAACUAUGGGGCAGAGAUACCUGCCGCAGAUGAUGAGGGCAACAUUUUUCUUAGGAAUCCCAAUUUUAUGGACUUUAAAGUUCAGGAAAAUAAAGUUUACAUUGAUGUAAAUUCUAUGACAAAUUUUAAGUGGCCUUGUUAUUCAUCAAAGGUCAGGAUUAUAAGAGUUAAACCAAAGCUUGAAGUGCUUAAGACUAAUGGUCCAAAAAAUUUGCUUUCUGGAGUAUGUGAAACGUGUGGAACCUAUUCUUAUUAUUCUAAACUUUGCUGGAAGAUAAAUAAAGCUACUUCUACUAAAAUUCCAUUAUGUCCUAUUUGUGAUGGGGAUGGUGCCCCACCUCCCAGAAUUCACAUAGCAUUCAGGCUGAAGCUUACCUUAGAGGAUGCUUGGGGUAAGCCACUAAGUGUUUAUGUCAUCCGAGAAAAUGCUGCUAAAUUUCUGGGUUGUUCUCAGGCACAAUACCAGAGCAGUAAUGAAUGUCGCGUAAGAACCAUAGAACUUCUAUCUGAAGCUCUUUCAACUAAAAGUUUUUUUACUAUUUGUCUCACUAGUGUUAGUACAUUUACCAGGAAAAUGAUAUAUGUCUAUAAUACAGAUUUAUCUGAAGCGCUCAAAAAUGUUAACUAGUCUUCUUUCGCAUUAUAAGAAAAAAUUGUUGCCUUGCUAUCGUUGUUUCAUGAUUAGUUGUACUUCCCAUUGAUUACCCUGGAUGGGCGCUUAUAAGUACCUGUUGAAGAAUGUCUUUUUAUUUUUUUUAUCUUAAUAUCUUCCCUGUCUUUAUUUCUAUUAAAAUAAUUUAGAUGUCAAGAC